GAGGUGGUUUGGAUAGGCAAAGCCCGGAGGUAGCAAGAGGACAGACUGGCGAGGCAAUGCCGCCCUCGCUUUCGUCCCACCCCCGGCAUCAAGGAGCCUUCUGUGCUUCUCUUGUGCAUGCAGCGGUGAUUUGGCAACGCUUCUCAAGAUGGCUCGGGACAGGAUUCUGCUAGGCCGAACUAGAGUGGGCUUCAUCACGAGUCCGAAUGCCGCCCCCCUGGACGCCCAGCACGAGUGGCCGCCUAAAUGAAAAGGAUCCCUCUCCCGCUGCCCUGCGUGGCUUCGCGAUGUCCUCUCUUCUUCCUCCCAUCCUUACACGCUAUCGUCGGACGUCGAGACCUCUCGCAAACUAAUUCACGCGGAACCUCCUUCGCCUCUCGACCAUUUCAUCCACCAUGUCCUCCUCCAUCACCACCAAGAUCCCAAUCGAUCCGAUACCGAGGUGGUGUCUCGGCCCGAUCCAAUUUGGGAACGGCGAGCGGUGGGAGUGCGCGAACGACACCCUGGGUACGAGUAAGGAGGACUUCCAGACCUUCUGCUGCAACGGACGCAUCAUCAACGCCGCCAGGGACCUCAGGUCCAUCGCCGGGUCCCGCGACCGUGCCAUGAACCUGUCCGACCUGGUCUGCUGCGGGCUGACGGGGCCGCAGGCUGGGGGCCUGCGCCCGGCGCCGGCGCAGAACACGCGGUGCUCCGACGGGUCGCCGACGCCGCUGGCGCAGCUGGCCGGCACCAACACCGACAACGCCGCGCCGUUCCUCGUCACCUACACCAGCGCGAGCUACGGCGACCGCACCGUCGGCGACUACGUCCCCACCCAGGUCGCCCAGUGCCUGUGGGCCUUGACCUCCGGCCUCGCCCUGGAGGACAUCACCCUCCCCGCCCCCGAUAUCACCACUCUGACGCCCGCCACCACCGACCGGUUCGGCUUCCCCAUCCCCACCCGCUCGACGACGACGACGGGGCGAACGUCGAGCACGGCGACCGAGUCGGGCGCCUCCGAGAGCCUGAGCGGCCAGUCGGCUCCGAGCACGACCUCCCCGCCCGCGGACGCCGCCACGACGGAGCCGGAGAGCGGCAACGCGCCGACAUCGACGCCCUCCGCUGCCGUAUCGGGGCACACGAACGCGCGCAGAGGGCUGCUCUAUGUCUUCGUUGGCCUAGCGGCGUUGAGCCUCCUCUACUUGUAGAGCUGAUUUGCCUGCGGCAUUGCGUGGGAGCGGGAGUACGAGGAAUAACUGCAAAAGUUGACAAUGUUAAUGAGUGGUUAUUAAGUCUCAUAGUGUAAUGAUAAUACUAUACCCCACAAGCACCUGAAAAUUCCUAAUAUAAUAUCAACCCC